AUGGUUAAGUCCCUUUUGAAUGAAGAUCCAGAAGAUUGUACUAAAGUAGGCCUGGCUCCUUUCUGCAAACUUAACCCGUCACCAGAUGCUAAAUCUGAUUUUUGGAAGACGGAGUAUGAUCAUGAGGCUGCUAAGAAGGCCAGGGCUGCCAAGAAAGCCACCAAGAAAACCGCCAAGAAGACCACCAAGAAGAAAAAGAAACUCAGUGCCUCUGAACUGCUGAAUCUGGACGACACCUCUGAGUCGGAGGUAGCCAUUGAUUCUCUUGGCUCGUUUUUCAAUCAUCUUAUUGACUCUGACUAUUACCAGGAUGACACGGGAGCCAGCCAAGCAGCUGAAGAAGAGGAACUUGCUCGUUCUUCCUCUGGUGACUCAUCGCAAACCGAGUUGCCGGCUUUCAAGACUGCCCCUGGGGGACAAGCAAAGCCUAACAAAAAGGCAAAGGUGACCAAGCCAACUGAGGCACCUGAAGUUGCUGAGUCGGAGCAGCAAAUCUCUGCUCUUGAAGCUUCUGACAAACAGCCAGAGGAAACUAUCACUGACGCUCUGCCUGAGAUUCCGGAUCUCUGUGUUGAUGACACUACUAUUAAUCCUUCAAAUCCUGCACCAUCCAGCUCACUUAAGCCGUCGGAGACUCAUAAUGAUGACGUGUUGAUUACUGGCACCGGCUGUGUAGAGCCGGGAAAUCCAAUAGCCUUAGCUAAGCAUACUGCCAAGCAAGAGGUUAUUGAGAGGCAGAAGAUGAAGUUUGACGUCUCCCAUUAUACGCAACUGAGCAGCAGUGAGAUCCUCUCUGGUUACCUCAGCCAAGCUGCUAUUGCUGAACUGGGGUCUCAAUUAAACGACGCAAAGACCCGGCUGGGGACUCAGGAAACUGAGACCCGAAAAGCUGAGUCAAAGUUCCAGUUUAGCGUGGCUGAGUCGGAAAAGCUGAAGACUAGUUUUGAGGCAGAGAAGAAGACUUGGGCUGAAGAAAAGACUGCUUUAAUGCAGCGGGCUGAGAAAGCAAAGGCGGCUCUUCAUGAGGUCACCACUGAGCUCACCGGCUUAAAACGCCGUGUAUCUCAAAUGGUUUCUGCUAUCUUUGGUCCCAGGAGCAGCAACCUCAAUCAAGACAUGCUUGUGAAGCAGAAAGCUGUCUAUACACUUGUUGAACAGCUGUUCGAUGAGAUGAAGCGAUCAUCUGCAAGAGUCGGCGCUGUGACAGCUUUGAGCCGGGCAAAAGCAUGGGUACCGAAAUUAGAGUCGGCUGAUGUAGCCACUGGAUACCCAAGCUUAAAAGAGGAUGGUACUCCUUUUGACCAAAAUGACUUUGCAGCCUAUGUGAAGGAAAUUCGUCCAAUGGCCACCCAGAUUGCCAAUGAUUUAGACAUUUCAAAGUACCAUCCGGCUUAUGACAAGCAAAAUCAGAAGAUGCCUACACCGGCUUACAGAGUGAUGGAUUUGAUCCCUCCAAUCCGUAAGCAUACUUUUGCCCCUGAAGUUGAACCGUCUGAUCUUAUAGAUGACGAAGCUGAAUUUCAAGCUUUAUCUGGCAUCGAUUGGUCAUCACCUGAUUUUCAGACGGCGGAGAAGGACGAAGAACCGGAGAAGGAUGAUCCGGAAGCCUCCAAUCAGUGA